AUGGCAGAAAAGAGUCCUUAUCACGACUCCUCAUAUGGUAGUGAAGAUGAGAGAACCAACAGUCAAGACUCAAGAAUGGAAAAGGAGACUCUGAUUAUCAAGAGCGACGUCGAAGCUCAAAGCCGGCAUACUCGAGCACAGAGUACAGCGACAAUCGCACCGGAAUAUCAAAUACCUACAAGCACCAAGUAUCUCUAUUUGGCUUUAUAUUUCGGGUUGAACCUCACCCUCACUCUCUAUAACAAGGCAGUACUCGGAAAGUUCGCUUUCCCUUGGCUGCUCACUACCUUGCACACGACCUCAGCGUCAUUGGGCUGCUACAUACUCAUGUUACGCGGCCACUUCAAGUUGUCAAAGCUCACGACCCGAGAGCACUUGGUCUUGAUCAGCUUCUCAUUUCUGUUCACCGUUAAUAUAGCAAUUUCGAAUGUAUCACUGGCGAUGGUCUCCGUGCCAUUCCACCAAAUCAUGCGAUCUACCUGCCCCAUCUUCACCAUUCUCAUCUAUCGCUUCUUCUACGGACGGACAUACUCCCAAGCGACCUACAUAUCUCUCAUACCAGUCAUACUCGGCGUCGGCUUGGCCACGUACGGUGACUACUACUUUACUGGAAUUGGUUUCACCCUUACACUCUUUGGCGUUGUCCUCUCCGCGCUGAAGACGGUCAUGUCGAAUCGAAUCAUGACCGGGAGUCUCGCGCUCCCUGCGCUCGAGAUUCUUCUACGGAUGUCACCUCUAGCGGCACUGCAAUCUCUUCUCUACGCUGUUGCUACCGGUGAAGCAAGCGCAUUCCUGGCCUGGGUCGCAGAAGGCAACCUCACACCUUCUUACAGUUCUGCACUCCUUGGCAAUGGUCUUCUAGCCUUUCUUCUAAACGUUUCCUCCUUUCAGACCAACAAACUCGCGGGCGCCUUGACUAUGACAGUGUGCGCCAAUUUGAAGCAGUGUCUCACUGUGUUACUCGGAAUCCUACUUUUUGAUGUCACGGUGGGCGUGUGGAAUGGAGCCGGUAUGCUGGUAACUCUAGUGGGUGCAGGAAUAUACAGUAAAGUGGAGUUGGACUCCAAGGGCAAAAAGGUGGAAGCUACAAUGGCGAAGGAUCUGCGCGGCGAUGCUGAUGCAGCCCCGAGGGUGUCUUAA